CGCGCUCGCUCGUGCUCGAGAUCGCGCAUGCGCAAUGCUUGUAUUUUGGUUUUCGCUUCCGUGGUUACCCAGCCGGUGUUAGUGUUUGAUUCUAGAUUACCAGGCAAUAUGGUUAAGUUACACAUCAAGAGAGGCGAUGACAGCCAAUUCCUGUUUGAGACAACAGUUCAGCAGCCAUUGGAUGAUCUGAUCAAACAACUUAUCCUCAUUCAUAAUGGUAGACUCAAAGUGGAGAGAAUAUGUUCGGAAAUCAAUGAAUUGUCUGAGCAUGGUACGACACUACCUCCUAACAUGCAAGGUUUGACUGAUGAUCAGAUCAUUGAUCUCAAGUUAGUUGAUGAAUGGGGACAGAAGUGUGAACCAAGUGGUGGUUCAGUUGAAUGUAAAGAUCCUAUUGGAAGGAGAAACGGCAAAGCUCCAAAUGAGAAAAUGAAAGAAGUUUUGACAAAGACAGUCAGUGAAGCCAAGAAAAUCAUUUCAAAAAAUCAAGCAUCUGCUAAUGUGUGUGUAACACAACCAAUGAUAAAGGAUGCUUUAGACCAGUUAAGGGGUGCAGUUACCAUUGUUUACCCCAUGGGAUUACCCCCUCAUGAUCCUAUUAGAAUGGAGUUUGAAGGCAGUGAAGAACUGGAUGGCACUCAGGCAUCUUUAUCAGUCCUUGAGGAAGACAAUACAUCACUCUGGUUUUCUGGUAAAGAGAUGCACAGAGGGAAGAAACUUUGUGAUUAUAUUGGAAAGAAUGAAAAGACAAAGAUCAUUGCUAAAUUGCAAAAGAAAGGACAAGGAGCACCGGCAAGAGAAGCUGUAUUCAGUGAAGACGAGAGGAAACAGAUGAUGUUACAUGCAUACAAAAAACAAGAAGAAUGGAAGAAAAUGCAAGAAGAGAGUGAAGAUGCUUACCUGAAUUCACCAUGGGCAGAUUCCAAUCAGCUAAAAAGUCAAUUACAAGGGAUCAAUAACGUCAAAUGGGGUCCUCGAUGAUAUUGACCCAAACUCUCCCACAUGACCUGAACAAUCUGGAAUGUCAAUGUCCUUUCAAGGCAGAUCUUUACUAAGAGCAAUAACUUUGCAGACCAUUAAUUUGGAACUAUACAUUUUGGAGGUAUUGUGAAUGUAGAACCAAGAGCUCAUGGAAGUAUUUGGACACGUUUAUUAAUUGAUGACCAGGGGAACGCUUCAUCAACAGUUUUGUCCGUAAAACUUUCCUUGAUUUUGAUCAGCUUAGAAGCAUUGUUACUAUAGUAACUGUCGUUCGGAUAAAAUAUCUAAUGUUCCCCAUGAAACUGAUCAUUGAUGAGAUGAAAACAAAAGUAGUCUUGGGGCCCGUCUUGUGAUGUAUACAAUGAUCUCUGGAGAUGUACUAGAAAUUGUCUGUCAUGAAGAGAAUGUUUAUACUACUAUACAAAUAAUGAAUGUCUACGAGUGCAAUGGACAAAAUAUUUCUUGUCUCUUCGAAUGAAGUAAUCUUCCUUUGCACAAAUGAAUAAACAUUAUAUGACACCAAAUAUAAAUCUUUGUCAUUUAGCAAUAUGAAUUUUCAAAUGAGAGUGAAGGUAAUUACAUUUGGUCUGUGUAUCAUACUCACUGCAAACAAAAAUGUUUUAUGUGCAGUGCUUGCGGUCUCGGCAGUCAUGCAAUGGACAGAAUUGCGUGGAUCCAAAUUUGCAUGAAUGAUGUCAUUGUAAAAUGGGCUAAAUAAUCAAUAUUAAACAACCAAUCAAAUGACAAGGAUCUAUCUUGGUAUCAUGUAUUUGAUAUGAAUUUGUAUUAAUGAUUAUUUUGAAUGUUAUCAUAUCCAUUUGUACACAAAGCUAUGCAAUUGCAGCAGGUUUUUUUUCUUUGCUGAAUUGCUUAACAUUUAAUAAUGUCAAGUGACCCCAACAUUCCUUUUGCAAUUAUUUUAAAGUCAGUGAUCACACCGAAAGCUGUACAAUAUCACAACGAAAUUAGCUUAAUUUUAUACAAGGGGGGCUCAAUUUAUACCCCCCACCCCUUCUGCUGUUUGUGUAAUAAUCAGCAAGCCUUAUUACAUGGUAUUGCUCAGUAUUACAAAGUUGAAGGUGAUAUAUAUAUAUAUAUAUAAUCAUAAAUGGUAUAGUAAAUGCCGUAGAAAUAAAAUCAUA